AUGUCGUCCGAAUACCGCUGCCACUUUGACAACUUGUUGAUCUUGGAUUUCGAGGGAACCUGCGAGAAGGAUGAUCAUGAUUACCCGAGCGAAAUCAUCCAGUUCAGUGUCUGUGUGCUGAAUACAAGAGAUAAAAUUAUCAGAGAGGACGUGUCGUUCAACAAGUAUGUGCGACCAGUUAUCAAUCCAAAACUUACUGAUUUUUGCGCCGAGUUGACAGGUAUCGAUCAGGAUACCAUCGACAACGCCAGAACGUUUCCAGAAGUCUACAAUCAGUUCUGUGCAUGGCUCAAAGAGCAUGACUUCCAAGAGAAACGCUUCGCGAUCGUUUGCGAUAGUCGCCAGGACAUGUGGCGACUCGCCCAAUAUCAAUUCCUCCUAAACAAGCAGCCAUUUCCAACAAUCUUUCGUCAAUGGGUGAAUCUUAGUUUGUACUACAGACAAGAUCUUCGUAUGGCACAACAACAGGACGCUGUUCAUCAGAGUUUAAUCGAAAGGAUGUCGGCAUUCUACAACAUUCCAAACGAGGGACAGGCUCACAACGCCAUGGACGAUUGCUCCUUCCUUGCGAAAGUGACCAAACGAAUCCUUGACAAUGGCACCUUUGUUAAUAUCAAUGAGUCAUUGAAGUGCAUCGCUGGCUCCCGCAAUGUUCCAUUCAAUGUCGAUCCGGGAUGGAAGUCUAAUUUUGCUUCGUCGUGCAAGGUGCUUGAGGCCAUUCUUCCACUGGUUUCAUUCCGUAUGAGGGACUACAAUUAUGAGGUCAACUAUGGCAAAUGUCACUACUGCUUCAGUCCCGAAUGCACCGGAUUAGAGCACAAACAGUAUCCAAACUACGUGUACGAGCAGCUCAAGGAGCCCAGCGUCUUCGCCGUCACCGCAGGGCUCAUGAAAGAGUAA